AUAUAACAUGUGGAUAUGAUGACGAGGAUUUAUGCGGAUACCACCAUGAUAAUGACGAUGGUUGUAAAUGGCAGUGGAACUCCACCCUAUCUUACUGGGGCAUCACCUUGAACAGUGAACCUGCAUCAGGGAGUUUCCUGUACAUGGGUAGUCCUGACACAUACCUAUACGAUGUAUCCCUAACAAGCCCGGGGUAUCUACAGACUGACAGCGGCAAUACUUUCUGUCUAUAUUUCUCGGUGUCUUGGUUUCAUCCGUACUUUUUCUCAUAUUCCAAGCUUCAGAUGAAGCUGUACAAGGAAAACUCUGAUGAAGAGCUAAAAUGGGAGAGAAUAGAGAAAGGAAAGAAGGAAGUAGUUUGGUUACAGUAUCAAGCGUACCUGGAUUACCUCCCAUCAGGCUUCAGUAUUGUAUUAAGUGGCUCUACCUACCAGAGUUUUAUUGCUCUGGAUAAUGUGACCCUAGCUGAAGGCAUGUGUGAACAAGAUAUUUCAACAACUGAGAUACCUUCAUCUGCAACAACAUCAGUUACUAAUACUACCACUGGCCCCCCCGGAUCAACAGUCUCAGAUACCACCGAUGGAUCUCCACCAAAUACAACUACCACCCAGGUCCCAUCAACAACUCCAACUACAAUGCCUGAUUUGUGUGAAACAGUACACCAUGACAGAUGUAACAAGUAUGGCUUUAACUUUACAUUACUACCCAAUGUUCUGUGUCAUGAGUCCACCUGGGAAUCAGAGUCAUCCAUGAGUGCUGCCUAUUCGGCGUUGGUAUCCAAUGUACCAUCUUCAGAAUGUGAGGACGCUCUCACUGAGGGUCUUUGUGCUAUCCAUUUCCCAGUCUGUUCUAACGGCAACAUACAACAGCUCUGUAAGGACCAAUGUGAAAAAUAUUUUGAUAUUUUGGGAUUCUGUCAGCCUUCAUUUCCUGAGCCUAGUUACUAUAUGAACAUCUGUGACAUGCUACCUGAUAACACCUGUACAGUUAUACAUAGUAUACAAAACUUCAACUUUACUACACUACCCACUACUACUCAAGUCCCUGCCAUCAGCUGGCCAGUGUCUAUAGCAGAAAAUAUAAAUGUGACUGUUGACAACGAUGGGGUAGCCAUGGUAACCUAUGAAGGAAAGGCAGUUCCUUCAUGUUACCUACCAUCUUCAGAGGCACAAAUGCUGUGCAAGAAAGCUGGGUUUAGUGCGGCAAACUCUGAAUUCACUGGCGAAAGUGUUGAGGAAGGUAUCAAUGUGAUAUGUACAGACAACAGUACUACACUGUCUGACUGUUACGUGUCUGUAUUAACAUUCUGCUCUGAGGGAAUAACAUAUUGUGGCUACGCUAGUGCUGACUGUGACUUCACCACCCCGCCUAUACCUUGGUGUGGAUACGAUUCCUCCGAUGCCUGGGUUAGUUCAUCAACAGGUCUAGUUAUCCCAACAUGGAAGACACAGGAAGGACAAGUGGACUUUGUCAGUUCUCCGAGCAUUACUAAUGGUUCCCUGCACUUUAGCUAUAAACUGUCUGGUUCUGCUGUUGGCCUGUUGACCUUGACAUUGAAUAAAGAGAUCAAGUUCCAGUCAAACUACAUUCUCACCGAUUCUAAUGUCAAAGCAUGUAUUGACCUUCCAGCAAAUGUGGCAGUCACUGCUAACUUUUCCUAUACCAGAGGGUCUGAUACAGGAACAGAGAACUUCCAUAAUGUUGUAUCUCUCAACUACAUUAGAAUUGAUGAUGCUCCUUGUCUUGAUUUCUCUGUGAACAGAUCCUGUAGCUUUGAUAGUGCAGGACUUUGUGAUUUUAAGAUCUCGUCCGAUUGUGAUACCCGGGAUGGAGGAUAUCUCAGUAGUCCUCAACCGUAUCAAUGGAAAGCAAAACCACAAGGCAGUGGCACAGGUUACUACAUGUUUGCGGAUGGAUCGUACGGUGAUCAUGGAAGUCAAACCAUCGCCACAUCACCAAUUGUUCGUUUAUCACCUAGUGACAGUUUCCGCUUACGUUAUGUUAGUUCUUCUGAAAUCUCAGACGAUACUGCUAAGUUGGAGAUUUACCUAUCAGAGGAUCUGGUGUUCUGGAGAGACGCAGUAUCUAAUAACAGGUGGGAAGACAUCUGUAUCGACUUGAGAUCAACCAUUACCAACGAUACAAACGCUACAGUGAAGAUAGUGUCUACCAACGGCAUUCACAGUUCCAUGGAUGUCGGUUGGGAUGACCUCAGCAUUAGCUCUGUCCGAUGUCCUCACAUAGGCAGCUGUACCUUUGAUGAUUAUUUGAGUGUUUGUGACUACAGUAUGACAGGUACUCCUAGUUUUGUGUUCUAUAAGACCGAUGACUGUGACGGCCCUGAUCACACUUACGGUUCAGCUGAAGGUAGUAUGAUCUGUGCAAAACAGUGUAAAGAUGGGAAUUCAUCUGCUGGAGAUAUAGCAACAUUGAAGUCGCCAGUCUUUCUUCUGGAAACCACUGAAGAGAUCUCUGUUACAUUCUUUUUCCGAAUGCAUGGUGAUUCCGUUGGCAGUCUGGAGGUUUAUCUAGAGUCUGAAUCUGAACAAGCUCCUCAACAGCUCUUUACAGCCAGAGGUAGCCAUGGAGACAAGUGGUAUGAAGUCUGCGCUAAUAUACCUGUGCCUAAGGUGAACAAGUUCAUGACCUUGACAGGAAAUGCGACCCACGGAGAAGGAUGUUCUGCAGCUUAUGCUUUUGAUGACAUUGGAUUUCAAUUUAACAAAUGUCCAGAUAUCAACACCAUCCAUUGGCACUGGUCCACAAGCUGCCUAUGAAGGAGACUGGUACUUUUACUAUGAAACAAGUUUUGAUGUUUUUGAAAAUGAAAGUGCUGUUUUGCACACAGGGCCUGUCUCUAUAGAGAAUUCAAGCUGUCUGUACUUCUAUAAUCACAUGUACGGCGAAACCAUGGGCAGUCUGACGAUUUAUUCAGAGGUGAACAACUCCAGGACUGAACUGUGGAGGAGAUCUGGCAGCCAUGGGGAAACGUGGUAUAUCAUAAGUGUCGACAUUCCACCUGGCAACCAAGAUAUCGUCAUGGAAGCUUUGGAUGGAGAAGACUAUAGAAGUGAUAUAGCCAUUGACUCUGUUGUACUUAUAGAUGGAGAGUGUCCACGAGAACCUGUAAAGAACAAGACUAGCCAAGACAUCCAGGAAUAUCGUCUUGUUGGUGGUGACACCACGAGUUUUGGCAGAUUAGAAAUAGCAACAAACAAUUAUUCCUUCCAGGCAAUUUGUAUCUCGGGCUGGACAGACGCUAACUCCGAAGUGAUGUGUCGUCAACUUGGAUUUGGCCCCCAUGGCAUAAAUGCACGUACUUACACAUUCGGAGAGUACGGAAGAAUUAGAUCUACGCUAAAUGAAAUGGUGAUCAACUCAUUUUCCUGCAAUGGCACAGAGAAGAUGCUUUCAGAGUGUAACAUCACAAAUUCUGUUUGCUCCGCUUCCAACCAAGUUGCCAUAGCAUGUUCAAACACUGCUUGUUUCGCUGGUGAGAAAGCAUGCAUCUCCCCAAUGACUUCAAUAAUACCUGAUGAUGCCACCUGUAUCAUGGAAGAGAAAUGGUGUGAUGGUGUUAUAGACUGUCCCAAUGUUGAGGAUGAGAACUACUGUGCCAACUGCAGCAGUGACCAGUAUGAGUGUGACCACCAUAGGUGUGUACCUUUAUCUCAGCGCUGUGAUGGUACCAACGAUUGCGGAGAUUGGUCCGAUGAACACUUUUGCAUCCGGGUUAAUGAGGAUUACACAGUAGAGGCUAAUCACCAUGGAGAUUGGAGCAACAUUUGCUCACCUGGUAACGACGAAAUCCUGGCAGGAUAUCUAUGUGCCCUGGCCACUGCAGGGUCAUUUCUAUCGUUCCCAACUUCUACAAUUAGCAGUAACAGCACAGUAACUGUUACUUACAAGACGGACAAUCAGGGUGUCAUCCGUAGUCACAGCAUACAACCUACCUCAGGUGCCUGUGUUGUAUUGAAACUUGAGUGUCAACCACAAGAAUGUGGUAGAUCAGCUCUAUCAUUGGAUAGGGUUAUCGGUGGGUAUGAUGUUCCUAAUGGCUGGUUUCCUGCAAUGGCCGCAUUGGUGAGAAACGUUUCAAGUGGAUCGCACAUGUGUGGAGCCUCCAUAAUCAGUCCAACUACAGCGGCCACGGCUGCCCACUGUGUAGAUGCCUUUGAACAAGGAUCUGCAUACCUACAUAUUGGUGAAGUCGAUUACAGAAAGUUUAAUCAGAGUGGCAGACAGGUUGUGAUAGAAAGAGUAAUUCUGGAGCCUAACAAAGAGAAAGACGUUGCUAUUUUGGAAUUCGCUAAUCCAGUCCAACAAACAGACACCAUUGGCUCCGUAUGUCUACCGCCACCAACAAGGGAUGUCUUCUCCUAUACUAAAUGUUAUGUUCUUGGAUGGGGAAGAACGGAAUAUGAUACUGUACCUUCAGUCCUCAAGAAGUUGGAGGUUGUCCUGUUAAAGGAAGAGGAUAAGGACCGAUGUGAAGACCGUGCCAGAAUUCUGUACGGCAUAAACAAGAACCAUACCAUUUGUAUAGACAACAGAGAGAAACACUCACCUAUAUGUUUUGGUGAUUCCGGUGGACCACUGAUUUGUAAGAAUGAACAUGGUAGGUUUGAAUUGGUGGGAAUCACAAGCUACGGAGACACUGUUUGUCUUUACUCCAGAUUUACAGAUGUCUAUGAGAGUGUAAUACAUCAUUUGGACUUUUUCUACAGCAACAUUGAUGACCUGAUUCCAAACUUCUGAACCAAACAAUUAGACAGAGAAUAAGAGUAAAUGGAUGUAAUCCUGUCAUCACCAUUUUUCCGGUGUAAAAUAUUAUGACUUUGCUUUAAUUAAUUCUGUAUGAACUCAUACAAACCAUAGAUAUCCAUGUUCACUAUUCUGUAAACUAUGUACUGGUAUUUUAUUAAUUGAUUACUCAAAUGGUUUCUGUAUAAAGAUUUAAUGUCAAACAUAGAACAAUAAGAUUGCAUGUGUCCCAGUUCCACGUACUCAUUCUGAUCUACCGGAGUUACUUCCCUUUUAUAUUUUAGUUCCAAUCAUAUUUUAGUGUUAUUAACACAUAGAAAGAGUUUCUGUAUUGUAUAAAUUGCAGUCAAUGUGUAUUGUUUUCUGUGGAUUAGGAAGUACAUUGUAUUGCCCAUUAUAUAGAAAAUUCCAGUGACAAGAUAUGUUUUGAUAGGGUAGAAAAUUCUAUUUUAUACCUUAAUUUGUUUAACUAUAGGAGAUCAAUUUGUGUAUAGAAAGAAGAUAUGGCUAGCCUGGGGCGGGAGGAGCUGGGCACAAUAGGGGAAGUACAUUUGUAUUGCUUAUUGAAAUUGCUAUGUGUCCUGAACAACCCAAUAGAAUUUUAAAAUUUUGAUAAAAUUCAGGCUGGAGCAUUAUUAGGCAAAUGAGAGCCAAUGUGGUAGAAAUGGAGGGUAUGGCUCCCCAGGGGCCGGAAGGAUGGGGCCCAAAAUGGGAAAAUUGAGGUAAAUGUUUUAAAUCAAUACUAAUCCCGCACAACUAAAUGGAUUAUCUGGUUACAUCAAGUGUUGUUCCUUUGGGGCAGGAAAGGUGGGGCCCAUUUGGAAUAGGAUAUCAUGAUGCAUCAAAAUUAUUAAAAAUCAUUAAAAUACAGCAAUUAUUUAAAAUCCUUCUUCUAUAAGAUUGAUAGGAUUAGGACAAUGUUUUACUUGAGCCAUUGUUCAGACAGAAAGCUCAAAAUGUAGAAAUAUUUUUAAUGUAUUUUUUAUGAGAGUAUAUUGCCAUGAUUGUUGAAAUAUCCAGUUGAGUGGUGCAGGCCAUCUGUGCCUCUUGUUACAGAGUAGACUAUAUAUUUAUUAAUUGUAUCUCUUUGUUUGUAAAAAAAAUAUGAAGUUAAUGUAU